CGUACGUCAUCGAUGCCGACUCCCGAGUCUGUCUCUAGAGCACAACAACCUUGUUUGGACAUAUCUCCAUGCGAUGUAGCAAAAUGCCGACGUCAAACCUGUCACCUACUCCCAGGUAGAAUCUGCCUGCCGAGCUCACAGCAUAGUUAGUGAAGCCCAAGUCCCUGGCAAGCCCAGCGGUAGGUUCGCCACCAGCAGUCUUGGUGUUUGCCCAAGUCCUCCCAGGCUUGCUCGUCCGGCUCCUCCUUGGAAUCUAGUAUUCACCGCGGGAAAACCUUGACGGUAACUUCCCGGGUUAUCUCUGGCUCACCUGCCAUCACCUGACAGAAAGCCAACGCUGCAAGGAUGAUUCCUGGGAAACAUGCCGACGAGCUCGGGGGUCAGAUCGUCGUUAAGAAUCAUAAACCGCUUAGCUGAUACCACAUGGGGGGGGUUGGGGUUAAGAGGGGGGGAAAAUCUUUUCUCAUUGAGGCUCUUACAGAUCCGGACAAAAAGAAUCGAACACCCGGUUUGCGGGGGCCCGAGGACUCGGCGUCUCAGUCGACGGCCCUCGGGGGGGCCUAAUGCACAACACAAGGUGAAACCACUCACCCUGCUUAUCGAGAUAUCGGGUAAUCAAAAGACAAGGGCACAGAUUUUUAACCGUAGUGUAUACUACGGAGUACGUUCCGCUUAUGAAGUAAGGAGUGGGGUUGGGAAAACCACAUGGUUCACACAGGGGCUUAUGUCGAGAAACAGCUUGGAACAUGUCCAACAUCGCUUGGUUUCGACUCAGAUGGUUUGCUGGCUCGGAACCCCUGAAACGUCCACACCAAAACGCCGCCCAAGCAGAACAAGUUUUUAUACAGAAAUCGGCCAUGUCAAUUACGAUGCGAAGAAGAAGAAGAAGAAGAAGAAGAAGAAUAACGAUAAUACCGUAGCCGAGAUACUGCAACGUGAUUCGGACUCGUGGAAAUCUUGGUCGCACCCCGAAGCUUCUCCCCUUACCAAGAGAGUGUGUUUCUGGCCCCGGCGCAUCUUUUUAGCGGCCAAGUCGCAGAUAAUCAAUGGGUUUUUCGCGGGCGUGUCAUGACGGGCUGGCGAACACUUACUCGGCGAGUCUUCAGACGCCUCAGUGCCAUUACCCGCCCCGGUUCCUCUGCCCGACCUGCCGCUUGAUCGGACGCUCGGCGGCUACGAGAAAGGCAACCACUCGACAGUCCGACCGACCGAGACUCACAGCAUCGCGGCUGCAACGAUGGCCAAGGAGAUAGAUGCAGGGGCUUGG